CGACAACCCUAGACAUUUCAUUUUCUAGAAAAGUCGGCAUUUUUUUGCUGCAUUUUGUCUGUAGUUCGUCGCGAAAACAGCGUGUUUUAACAACUAAAUCACAUUUAAGUACUAGCAAGACAGUUAAAAAUCUUUGGUAAAUAGCAUGGACAAGGUAAAUGAACUCAAGGAAAAGGGCAACAAUGCAUUAAAUGCCGAGAAAUUCGACGAGGCCAUUGCAGCGUACACAGAAGCCAUUGCACUGGACGGAAAGAAUCAUGUUUUGUUUAGCAAUCGCUCGGCGGCUUAUGCCAAGGCUAAGAAAUUUGCUGAAGCUCUAGAAGAUGCCGAAAAGACAAUAGAAUUGAAUCCCAGCUGGCCCAAGGGAUACUCCCGCAAAGGUGCCGCUGCAGCUGGUCUGCAUGACUAUAUGAAAGCUUUUGAGGCCUUCAAUGAAGGCCUAAAGUAUGAUCCGCAAAAUGCCAUAUUGCUUCAGGGUCGCCAGGAGAUUACCGCUUCGGUACUAAAUUUCAUGCAGUCGCAGGGCGACAUACCAAUGGAUAUUGAUCCUCAGCAUACAUCGGCCAGAGGUGGAUCAAAACGUGCUGCCUCUCCAACACCUACCGCCCAGCCUGCAAAGCCUGCGGAACCUAAAGUUGAAGACAUGUCCGAGGAAGAGCGGAAAAAGUAUUUCGCCAAAAAGGAAAAGGAAUUGGGAAAUGCUGCCUACAAAAAGAAGGACUUUGAAGCCGCUUUGAAACAUUACAAUGCUGCCAUUGAACAUGAUCCCACGGACAUUACAUUCUAUAAUAACAUUGCUGCCGUCUAUUUUGAGCGCAAGGAAUAUGAUCAGUGCAUCAAGCAAUGCGAAAAAGGCAUUGAAAUCGGUCGCGAGAAUCGUGCCGACUUCAAAUUGAUUGCUAAAUCUUUUGCCCGUAUUGGCAAUACCUAUCGCAAGCUCGAAGAUUACAAACAGGCGAAAAUCUACUUCGAGAAGGCCAUGUCCGAGCAUCGUACGCCAGAGAUUAAGACCUCUCUUAGCGAAGUGGAGGUUAAAAUUAAGGAGGAGGAACGUCGUGCCUACAUUGAUCCCGCCAAGGCCGAGGAGGAGAAGGAAAAGGGUAAUGAAUUCUUUAAGAAAGGUGACUACAGCAAUGCUGUUAAACAUUAUACCGAGGCCAUCAAGCGCAAUCCCGAUGAUCCCAAAUUGUACAGUAACCGCGCUGCCUGCUAUACCAAAUUGGCCGCCUUCGAUCUUGGCUUAAAGGAUUGUGAUACAUGCAUUAAGCUCGAUGAAAAAUUCAUCAAAGGAUACAUACGAAAGGGUAAAAUUCUUCAGGGUAUGCAACAAACUUCCAAAGCAUCCACAGCAUACCAAAAGGCUCUCGAAAUUGAUCCAAACAACGCCGAGGCAAUUGAAGGAUAUCGCCAAUGCUCAAUGAACUUCCAACGUAAUCCCCAAGAAGUCCUUAAGAAUGCCAUGUCGGAUCCAGAAAUUCAACAGAUCCUGAAGGAUCCAGCCAUGCGCAUGAUUCUUGAACAAAUGCAAAAUGAACCAAACGCUGUGAAAGACCAUUUGCAGAAUCCAGCUAUUGCUGAUAAAAUCAUGAAAUUGCUGGAAUCGGGCAUCAUUCAAAUACAUUAAGGUGGAUAAUUGGGAUGCAUCCACAUCCAUAACACAACAAACCUAUUACUAACAACAUUUCAGGAGACAAAAAAUAUAUAAAUAAAUAAAUAAGUAUAUUACAUACAAGAAACAAUUACUGCACUAAAGGAAAUAACAAUAAAUAACGCUAAAAAUUACAUUAGAAAUUGCAAGAAAUAAAACUAAAAAAACUAGACAUCAGUACAUUCUAUUGUAUGUAUGUCUGCUUAGUUGCUAAUGACAGGAUAUGCACCUGUCUACAGAAGUCAAUGCCCUUAUUUUUCUUACAACAAUUACAUAUAUGCUGUAGCUUAGCUCUUAAUAAAUAAGUUUUCAAUGUAAAAUAAAACAAGGAGAAAACUUUAACCCAUUAAAAAUGGUAAAUAGAA